GCCUCCGUCUUUAAACCCCGUCGGCUCUCUCAGAUAAUAAAACAAAACAGAUAUUUCUGGAGAAACUCAGCAGAUCAGGCAGCAUCUGUGGGAAGCCCACUCCCCGCCUAAAUCGACAACCUUCAUCUGUUUGACGCUUCGAUCUUCUUGUCUCGUGCUCGCCCCGCCCCUAGACCACAUGCCCUCAGCACACCCCCCGUCAAUGCCGUUGGGGAGCGAGUACUACAAUACCCAGAAGGCUUUGCGUUUGAUGCAUUUCCUGCGUCGAGGGCGAAAGCUGACAAUAAGUCGCCUGGAAAGGUUCAUUCUUGUAGGGAUUAGUAUUUAUUUUUCUUUAUUGAUAGUGUAUAGUAUUUGUGUCUGUAUUGCUGAAAGGAGGCUCAAAGCUAAAAUGGAAGAUGGUAAAACGGAGAAUAUGAAGGAUUUAGUAGACCGGCUGACAUUGGGUGUAACCAGAAUACUAGAAAGUCGUCCAGGUGUGACAGAAGUUAGAUAUGUAGAAAAGGAACCAGCAGAGCGUCAUACAAUUAUCUCGUGGGAACAGAAGAAUUGUUGCUUACUCCCAGAGGAUCUGAGGAACUUUUACCAAAUGACUGAUGGCUUUUUGAUGACCUGGAGUAUAAAAUUUGAUGGCAAUAACAUGCAGUUGGGAACAAUGGUAAUCAAUAGUAUUUCAACACUUUGUCGUCUGGGCACAACAUCUGUUUACAGCUUGCCUAAUUCACCAACUCUGGAUGACCUCGAAAAUGAUACAGAUGAUGAAGGUAAAGAAGAAGAUUUGGAAAAACCUCAGUUUAAUUCGAAAUAUCGAAUAUUUGAAUUGGAUUGUUGCAAUGGGAAUGGGAAAGUCUGCCUGGUUUACAAAAGCGUCCAAUCAGGAGUUGUAUCUUCUCAUGCCGAAAUCUGGUUCUUGGACAGAGCACUUUACUGGCAUUUUCUAUCAGAUACGUUCACAGCCUACUAUCGACUUAUGCUUGUUCACUUAGGAUUGCCCCAAUGGCAGUAUGCAUUAACAAAAUACGGGAUUAGCCCUCAAGCUAAGCAAUGGUUUAAUAUGUACAAGCCUGUUGCCUAUAGUGCCAGUCUUGUAGCAGAGGAUGCUAUUACUUUUACUAACAAGCUGGAUCCCAGUCUAGUCUUUAAGAACAGAGCCAAGCUCCAGAAUCCAAAGAAAAAAGCUUGUGCACAGCUACCUGCGCCUCAGAAAAGUCAGGCCAGCCUGGUCACUAGCAAGAAUUCAUCACAAAUCGGAAGUACCACAAAAAAAAUGAUUCCUUAAUUUUUAUGUUGUCAUCCAUAGCAAUUGCAACAUAAUUUUCCCUCUUGGUAUUGCCAUCUGAACUGCUGUGUGUAUAGUUCUGCCACAGAAGGGCAGGUCACAAGUUCUGAUGGUAAGAGUGCAAAACUGGAUGAUUGCAAAUACAGAAAAAAGCAGGGCUUUAAUGUUAAUGAUGUAUAUCAUGAUACAAAUGCAUGAUUUUUAAAUAUUGCUGGAAAUUAUAAAAACAAAUCCAGUGUUAUGAUGAAAUUUAUAUUGGAACGGUUUCAGAAUUACUGAAUCCACAGUUCUUUCUAAUAAGUUUUAUUCCAAUUUCACAGCUGUUUGAAGCCUAAAUGAAGUUCUGUAAAUGGUGUCUGGGCUAUUAUGAGUUUCUUUAUCAUCCUCCUCUGUAAGAUUUCAGUUGGGUUUGAAGCUCCCACAUCAUAAUUUUAGACAGAAAAUAAAGUGGGCUGUAAUAAUCAGUCCAGUGCAAUAAGAAUGCUGAUGGUAUCCCAGAAUUAAUGGAAUUACCAACAUUCUUCGUGUACUGAAUUGUUUGUUAUAGUUUGGUUCAUUCCAGAAGGUCCAUCUACAUUCAGUUUACCAGAAAAAGCAUUGCACAAACAGAUAAACGAAUUUGUGUGACAAGAGUCUUGAAUUUUCAAAAGGACAACCUAGUUAACAAAUAAUAAAAUUAUAUUCUUAUAGGACCUUAACCACUGAAGGAUAGCCAACAUAUUACAUAUUUUCAACCUUUAGCAUGCAAUUGCUGAUAAAGUUACUCAAAAGAGAAGUUAAUUAGUUCGAUUGAACUAGAGAAUUUCUCUUUGUUCUCUUCACAGGCUUAAAUGAAUGAAUCUAAAAUGCCAAAACAAAACUGGUCAUUUCAACAAAAACUUUUUUCAGUCCUGUGCUUCUUAGUAUUUUUCUUCAUGUCUUUAACGUAUCUGACUAUAAUCCAAGCAAACUAAAAGAAAUGUCUCAUAUGCCUGGGACAGUUUUAAUAACUGUGGAAAGCUCCCCAUCUCAUUUCAAGUUUAAUCACUUGUUUUAACUUUUCAGAUCACAUGUCAAGAAAUCUAAUUAAGGAGGUUCUUGACCUUUUCUUGUGUGUCUGGUACUUAAAAUUAAUUCAUAUAAUGACCUUACCAUUAUGGUAUUAUUUUCCAAUUGUAGCUAUAAUUGAUCUUUGAUGCAAGGAUCUUUCUAUCUGUCUUCACAGAACUGCAAUUUGUACAAACGUUUUCCAUUUCCCUGAAAUUGCUAGGAAUUGCCAUACCGUCCAUUUAUGUUUAUGCUGCAAAGUUUGAUGCCAAAGGGAAUUAUCGUUUUGAUCCCACUGCUUGAACAUACGGUUCAAUAGGUACUAUUAAAAAAUGUUUCAAGUAGUUUUCUGUGGCACCACCUGCUGCUACAUUCAAGUUAAUAUGGCAAUGACAUUGGUAGGCUAUCGACACCCAUGGUAACUUUGAUAUUUGACUUUUAUAUAUGCCAUAUGUUCAUGUAAGGAGCAACACAGUUACACUGUUGGUAUCACUGUAGAUACGUAUCUUGCCAAAUUUAGCAUUUCCUACUCAUACAAUGCAAAUAGAGACUUUGGAGUUUAUUGGUAGUAUAAUUUUAUUUAACUUUAUGUACAAUUGCUACCUAUCUGGAAUACCGGAUAAUAUUUAAAAGUCACAUAUAUUAAAUUAUUCAUAUAUAUUUCUCUAUAAAUGUUUGAUCAUUACAGAAGACCAGUAAUCAGUAUUGUAUAUGUUGUAUUGUACCUUUCAUUGAACAUCUGUCUGUUUAAUAUGUGCUUAAUGAAGUGCCACACAGUACAUUUUAUUAUUUGCACAAUGAAGAAAAAUUGCACUGAACAACCACAUAGAACUUGAGAUGUGCAUAUAGGUUUACAUUUUUGGUAGGACUUAAGAACAUAGAACAUUACAGUGCAGUACAGACCCUUAGGCCCUCUAUGUUGUGCUGACCUGUGAACCAAUAUUUGCGAAAUAUUUGCAAGAUAUUCUGUCAAAUAUGCAUGUCAACUGUAAUAACUCCUGUUUUUGUGAAGUUUCCAUUAAGCAAAUAGAAAAUGAAAUGCAAGAACCAUUUUCUAACUUUCCCUUAUUUUGUCCAACUUAAAUUGUUUAUUUGUUAUCACUAUUAAUUGAGUACAGUUCAAAUAGAGAGCAAAUUUUAAUGUUUACAGCCUGUAUUAGAAAGUCAUUUUCUGUACUAUUGUAUGAUUUUCUAUUUCAAAUUUACAUCAAAUUACGGUAUGUUAAUGAUAAAGUUAGUUUGGCCAUCUUUCCAGCUACCUUAACUCUUUAACUGGAAACGCACUCAAUGUUUUAGAAACAAAUCUGAGUUGUCAACAAGAGAAAUCAUGUGCAUGAUCUUAUUUUUGAAUGAUUUACAGUAAUAGCUUGCUCCUUUUCAAGACAGACUUGUUCAUUUUUUCCAGAAAGCACCGAAUAGUAAAACAAUAUAACUAAACAACUUCUUACAAAAUAUAUGUACACAAGUGAGUAACUAGACAUGGAUGUGAGGUAAUUUGGAGUGUGGAGACAACUUUAAAAGAAUAAAAUCAACCGAUAAUGUAAUUUGCAUUUUCUUGAGCAAGACAUCAUUUUGUGGAUUAUUUGGCAGUCCUUCGUCCUCAGUAAAGGUGUACACACUUCUCACACAAUGCUUAGAGCCAAUAUAAUGAGUUGUUCUUAAAACAAGGAACAAAACUUAAGUUUUGCAAAAAUCACUGGCAAGGUACAACUGCUAGCAAUGGGAAAACAAUUAGAAGGCAAAAGUGGAGACUAGGGUCUAUAUAUAAUAUUGAAAGGAGAUAUCACAUUUGUGACAAACUUGGUGAUUUUCUCUAUUAACAUCUUGGACUUAGGAAAUUCUUACCCUGGUUAAGAAAAUGAGUGACAUGGCCAUAGGAAGUCAUAUGUUUUAAAAAGAGUUCUAUGCCAAUAAUGGAAGAAUUGUAAGAAACUGUGGAAAGCUAAUUUCAAUGAGACUUCACAAAUUCUUGCUGAGUCAUGCUUCUGUAAACAACAAAGCUAUAACUGCUUCAUAGAAUUUUGAUUGACAUUAUGAAAGGUAUUUACUAGGAAAUGAGGAGGGGUAAAAACAUUAGUAUUAUGUGCCCAGUUGUUUUCAUGGUUUCUUACCUUUACAGCCACAGUGUGCACUUCUAUGCACAGCUCAGAAUUAAUAAAAUUAAAUCACACUUUAGAAUGUAUUGUAUCAUUUGAAGUCCUAUUUUUCAUUUAGAAAUCAAAAGCAUCUUGAACGUACAUUACCAAGCAUAUAACUUUAUCUGCAGGCCUAAGAAACAGCUGCUUUGAAUCAACACCCCAUUCACACCAUAAACAUUCACUUGCUCAGC